AUGGAUAAGAAAAAGGAGCAACUGAAAGAAGUCCCGGAACAUAUUUUUGAUCGCUCAAAAAAUGUUACCUAUAUUAGAGGAAAAUUCUUAGGAAAAGGAGGAUUUGCUCGUUGUUACGAGUUGAAGAAUGCCCAAACAAGUGAAAUUUUCGCUGGAAAAAUAGUCUCCAAGAUGCUGCUCCAAAAAUCUUAUCAAAGAGAGAAGAUGACCCAAGAGGUACAAAUCCAUAAGCCACUUAACCAUGCUCAUGUGGUGAAACUCUUUCAUUGUUUCGAAGAUAUAGAUAAUGUGUAUAUUACCCUGGAAUUAUGUGCCAGACGAUCUCUCAUGGAGUUACACAAGCGUAGAAAAGCUGUUACGGAGCCCGAGGCUCGUUACUUUACCCACCAGGUUUGCCUGGCCAUCGACUACUUACAUGAUCGUAAAAUUAUUCAUCGUGAUUUGAAAUUAGGAAACUUGUUUUUAAAUGACGAACUCCAGGUCAAAAUUGGUGAUUUCGGUCUUGCUACUACAGUUGAUCGAGAGGGAGAAAGAAAGAAAACACUUUGUGGAACCCCUAACUAUAUAGCUCCCGAAGUUUUAGACAAAAAAGGUCAUUCGUUCGAGGUAGACAUAUGGGCAGUUGGCUGUAUUCUUUAUACAUUACUUUUCGGUAAACCUCCUUUCGAAACUCAAACUUUAAAGGAUACCUACAAUAGGAUCAAAAUGAAUCAAUACACUAUUCCUCCUAGUGCCAGUUCCCGUUCAUCCAAUCUCAUCCGAAAUCUGCUUGCUGCCGACCCUGAAAAACGCCCAACUGUCAAAGAGGUUCUUAAACAUGCUUUCUUCACUGCGGGAUUUUUGCCAAAACGCCUCCCUACUUCUUGCCUGUCUAUGGCUCCAAAGUUCAACGCAGACGAGCUCAAAGAAAGAAUACCCCUUGCAAACGCUGAUCAUAUGCGAACAUCUCCAUCCAAAGUUCUCAGUCCCAAACAAAUUGUCAGGAAAGAUCUUAUGGCUGGAACCAGGGCUCUCAACACUGUACCUGAGAAUAAUGCUAUGGAAGUUGAUAAGGAUGCCGGAGCUGGUGAUGCUCCUCCUAAGGACUGCUACCUUAGUGAUCUUAUCCAACAACUUACUCCACUAUGCAGUGGUCGGGUUGGAUUUGUUGAUCUUCUCAGAGAAGACGAAUCCCCAGAAGCAACACCCAUCUUCUGGAUCUCUAAAUGGGUGGAUUAUUCCGAUAAAUAUGGUAUUGGAUAUCAAUUGUGCGAUAACUCAGUUGGAGUCCUCUUCAACGACAGCAGCAAACUUGUUUUGGAUGAAGCCGGAAAUGAACUUACUUACAUAGAAAAAUCAGAUCAAGAACAUUAUUAUACAAUGGAAAGAUUCCCACCUGAUUUGAGCAAGAAGGUUACGUUGCUCAAGUAUUUCCGAGCUUACAUGAAUGAACAUCUGCUGAAGGCAGGAGCAAACGCUGUCAAGAAGGAUGGAGAUGAUCUUGCUCGUUUGCCCGUUUUGCGCCAUUGGUUCCGAACACGGUCCGCCAUUGUUCUUCACCUAUCGAACGGAACAUUACAGAUUAACUAUUUUGAUGAUCACACCAAAAUAAUGAUCUGUCCCCUUAUGGGAGCUGUGUCAUACAUUGAUGAACACAAGAAUUUCCAUGUCUAUAAACUAUCUCACUUGGAGCGAAAUGGCUGCUCCAAGCCCCUACUUGACAAACUGAAAUACACAAAGGCAAUGGCUGUUAGACUUUCCCCAGAAAACAGCCGGCAAAGCAUUCAAAGUUUAAGAGCAAACGGUUCAGGCUCUGCGAGCAACAGCCAAAAUAGACCACCAGAGUUUCAGAUUUAA